UCGAAAAUCACCUCAGAGAAGACGAAAACAGUUGUUAUUAGUAAGAAGACCCAGGAGAUUACACACUAAGACAGCAGAUGAUGAAAUGUCUUCACAUAGUACGCCGAUGUUUAAACUGUCGUUCAGAAAACAGGAGUUUUCAGACAGCGGAGCAGGUAGAGGCCACAGGAAGUGAGCCAUAUGGAGGAGUUUCCGGUUCCUUCGGAGUCUCCUUUGCUUUCCGCUGAGGAGGAAACGCAGCGCUGGGACUGCAGCUGGAGCCAAGAUGGAGACCUGCGGGGGUGUGGACUGCUGGAGAGGAAGUGGCUCCUCUGGCAGGACUUCAUGACCGAACAGGCCCACCUGGACGCCUGGCUGCGAUUGGCUGAGCAGGCUGUCGGUUCCACUGGCCCCGCCCACUUCUCCUACGUCACCGCCAAGGAGGACUUGAGGAAGUUCGAGAGGCUGCGGACCGAGGCCGGCCCUCGCCUGGUCCAGCUGGACGGUCUGACCCGGAGGAAUCGAACGCUGACUCGGCUGUUUCGGGGCGCCAUGCGGGCUCGGCUGCUGGCGGCGGCGAGGGAGUGCGGGCACCGCUGGGACGAAGUGAACGCCAAACUGGAAUCAAUCACCGGGCGACUGAAGCUGUUCGUCUCGGAGUGGGAGGAGCUUGAGGCAGAGAGGGAGGAGCUCGCUCUCUGGUUGGCUGACCUGGACGUCCGUCUGACGGAGGUGGAUCACCUGACGGGGAACACCUGAAGCUG